ACGGCCUGCUCCGCUCCAGGAAGGCCACCUCCUCCUCCCCCUCCCCCUUCUGCUGUCACCACUCACUGCUCUAGCCUCCAGGGGGUGGGGACCCCAGAGCCGGACACACCCCACCUGGCCCCACAACUCAGCCAGCCAGACAGACUCACGGUCGGACGCAGGACCCCAGAGCCUGGGGUGGGCAGUGUGCCAGGGUCCCACGAAGCCUCUUCAAGCCCUGUCCAGGCCAUGGGCAUCAAGACGGCGCUGCCCGCAGCUGAGCUCGGCCUCUACUCCCUGGUGCUGAGCGGGGCCCUGGCUUAUGCUGGCCGAGGGCUCCUGGAGGCGUCCCAAGAUGGGGCCCACAGGAAGGCCUUCCGUGAGUCUGUGCGGCCUGGCUGGGAGUACCUGGGCCGGAAGAUGGAUGUGGCUGACUUCGAGUGGGUGAUGUGGUUCACCAACUUCCGGAACAUCAUCGUCUUUGCCCUCUCGGGACACGUGCUGUUUGCCAAACUCUGCACCAUGGUGGCUCCCCAGCUCCGCUCCUGGAUGUAUGCUGUGUACGGAGUCCUGGCUGUGGCGGGCACAAUGGGCCCGUGGUACCUGCUGCUGCUGCUAGGCCACUGUGUGGGCCUCUAUGUGGCCUCACUCCUGGGCCAGCCCUGGCUGUGCCUUGCCCUUGGUCUGGCCAGCCUUGCCUCCUUCAAGAUGGACCCCCUCAUUUCUUGGCAGAGCGGGCUGGUCACGGGCACCUUUGAGCUUCAAGACGUGCUGUUCCAGGGGGGCAGCGGCUUCACGGUGCUGCGAUGCACCAGCUUCGCGCUGGAGAGCUGCGCCCGCCCUGAGCGCCGCUACUCCCUGGCCGACCUGCUCAAGUACAAUUUCUACCUGCCCUUCUUCUUCUUCGGGCCCAUCAUGACCUUCGACCGCUUUCACGCUCAGGUGAGCCAGGACCCCGUGCGGCCCCAGGGCGAGCUGUGGCGCAUCCAGGCGCAGGCGGGGCUCAGCGCGGCGGCCGUCGUGACGGUGGACAUCUUCUUCCACUUCUUCUACAUCCUCACCAUCCCCAGUGACCUCAAGUUUGCCAGCCGCCUCCCAGACAGUGCUCUUGCUGGCCUGGCCUACUCAAACCUGGUGUAUGACUGGGUGAAGGCAGCCGUGCUCUUCGGGGUCGUCAACACCGUGGCGCGACUGGACCACCUGGACCCGCCUCAGCCUCCGAAGUGUAUCACCGCCCUCUACGUCUUCGGGGAAACGCACUUCGACCGCGGCAUCAAUGACUGGCUUUGCAAGUAUGUGUAUGACCACAUUGGUGGGGACCAUUCGGCCGUGAUUCUGGAGCUGGCCGCCUCCGUGGCCACGUUUGUGGUCACCACCCUGUGGCUCGGUCCUUGCGACAUUGUGUACCUGUGGUCUGUCCUCAACUGCUUCGGCCUCAACUUUGAGCUGUGGGUGCAGAAGCUGGCGGAGCACUGGCCGCUGGCACAGAUGGAGGCCUGGCUAUCGGAGCAGAUGUCUCGGAGGGUCCGGGCCCUCUUCGGGGCUGUAAACUUCUGGGCCAUCGUCAUGUACAACCUCGUGAGCCUGAACAGCCUUGAGUUCACGGAGCUGGUGGCCCGACGCCUGAUACUCACAGGCUUCCCCCAGACCACGCUGGCCAUCUGGUUUGUCACCUACUGUGGUGUCCAGCUGGUAAAGGAGCGGGAGAGAACCCUGGCGCUGGAGGAAGAGCAGAGGAAGGACAAAGAGAAGCUGGAGUAG